CUGAGCGGCGGCGGCGCGGCGGGGCCGCGGCCCCGCAGCCCCGGCACCAUGGUGAAGGAGGAGUGCAAAGCGCUGCUGGACGCGCUCAACAGGGUGACCGCCUGCUACCGGCACAUGGUGCUCACCAUCGGCGGCACCUCGGACUCGCAGAACCUGCGCGAGGAGCUCAAGAAGACGCGGCAGAAAGCGCAGGAGCUGGCGGUGGCCAACCGGAACAAGCUGACCACGGUGCUGAAGGACAAAAGCGUGAGUAAGGAGGACAAAGCCGAGUUCGAGAGGCUCUGGGUGAUUUUCUCCACGUGCCUAGAAAUCCUGGAGAUCGAUAUGAGGAGAGCCCUGGAGCUGGGCCAUGAGUUCCCACUAAACGUCCCCAAGAAGCACCUGAUCCAGACGGGCAUGAGUGGGGGAACCUCUGGCGUGGCUGCCAGGGCGAUGAGCAUCCAGAACAUGAAGUACGAGGCCGAGCACAAUAUAGACAUUGUGGAUUUGAAGGAUCUGGAAAACGAAAUCAACCAGGUAGGAGAGAUGAUGUACGAGAUGGAAAUGAAGGUUAAUGUCCCGCAGUGGACGGUAGAGGCUAAGCAAGACCCUGGGGCUGAACUAAAAUCCACCAUGAGUGUGGGCGCUUCUUCUAUUGGCAUGAUCUCUGUGGAGGAGAAUAAAUCCUUCUGCGAUAUCAGCAAAGUUCUAGCUGGAAUUAUUUUCUCCGCUGUGCUCAUUAUCGCUAUCGUCCUGGCAGUGUGUGUGGUAAAACUCUCGUAGGCCGGCGUGGGCUCUGACACGAGCCAUCUCUCUCAAGUCUGUCUCGAGUGUUUCAUGCCUCACGAUUAAUUUUGAAAUGGGUCACUUGGAUGAGCUGAGAAUUCAAACCUAGCACUUGAAAAACAAAACAAAACAAAACUUCUGUCUCUCAAAAUCCUAAAUGCACCAUUUGUUUCUUCUUGUAUCUUAAAGAAAAAAGAUACAAAUCAGACUGCAAAAUAGGAUGUGUUCAUUUGAUGGACUUGUAAUGGUUAACUAUGAAGUAUCAGGGUAUUAUCACUACUGGCUAUAACAGGGAUUUGUCUGCUAUUAAUAGAGCACUCUUCUCAGAAGCCUGUGUUUUUUGUUCUUGAAUAGGCUCUGAUGUUUGCUGCUGGUCAUUGUUUACAGUAUUUGAGAGCAGCACAAAUUUGGAGGCUAACACAGGUGUUUUGCUUGACAAAGUGAGCAGAAUGUCUGGAGAUUUUUUUCAUCAAAAACACAAGAUACUAUAGAGGAGGGGAAGGAAGAAAACCCCAAUAAAAGAAUGUGAAAUAGUGGCUGGGCAGAGGGUGGUGUGGAGGAGGAUGGAGAAAACAGAACAAGCAAUGUUUGAUACAAAAUACUGUUUGUAGAUUUGGACGGGAUUGUACAGAACCCAGCUGCAUGGGUUGGCACAGCAUACGCUAAUGACUAAUGACUUUCCAGAUCCAGAGAGAAAAAAUGAGGAGUUGUUUAUUCAGAAAAAUACUAACAAGCCUCAUGUUUCUCUUCCAUAUUUACUAUGAUUUUAUCUUCCUCUGCAGAGAUGCUAAUUCUUACCACUAGUUCAAAUUAUUCUUUCUGUAGAAGCAGUUUGAACUUCACAAUUAACUCUGAAACUAGAAGUAAUGAAUCUACCCAUGGCAGAAGCAGACCUUUCAAAACAUCCAAAAACAUCUCUCUCAUGUUGGCAGACAGAGUUUUACAUAUGUUCAGUCACCUUUCUGCAAGCUCCUGAAUUAUUCACAGAAAAAAAAUGAAAAAAAAAACAGAAAAAAAGAAAGUAUCUCAGUUUUGUCUGAUUAAUCAUUUGAGGAAGAGGAAGCCUGGAGGACUGGACCCACUACUGGUCCAAUUAAUCUGAUACACUGCAGGGUGUAUAUACAGAGGGAGGUAAAUGCAAGAACAGCAUAGAAUAGAACUUUGACAGUUUUAUGGGGAAGCAUUAGAAAUGUUUAAAUGUAAAAGUGUGGGAACUGACACUAACUUUAUAAUGUCUUCUUUAAGGACCUAUGUUAUGUUUUGUGUUAUGUAAUUUAUGGAAAUUUGUUCUGUUUAAGUGAAUACACAUUACCCAUUCAAGAAUAGGUACAUAUAUUCUGUACAUAUUUUAUAGUGCCAUAGACAUACGGGGCACUCUGCAGACAAAUAUAAAGACCUUGUAAUACAUUUUUUUAAUAGGUAGUUAUUCUAGUGCACUAAUUAUUACGGACAAAUUAUUAAAAAGUCAAAUGUAUCUGGUGAAGUUACUAGUUCAUGCUUGUUAAACAAAUCAUGUUGACAGCAUUCUUGAAGAGCUAAUUUUUUUGAGUUGGGAACUAAGCAUAAUUUGAAAAACUGCAGCAAACAUCUUUCUUUAAAGCUGAAGAGAACUGGGUUUGGGGGGAAAAGGUGUAUGUCACAUUUGAAUCUGGUCACUUGUAGGUGGGAAAAAAUAAUGUAAACAGGAGGCUGGAAUUUAUGUUUGUAGAAUACCAUUACUAGGAAGGAAAAUGUGAGUUUUGCACAUCAAUUCAGUCUAGGCUCCAUUCUUAUGGGGAUUUACAGUGUAAUAAAACUUCACACUCCUUUCUCUUCUAUCAUUCUAUAGGAUGUGUUUAGUAUGUAGUGAAUCUAGAUUCUUAGAGAUCACAAACAGCACUCUUAAAAGUCAAGUCUGUAUUUACUGGCACUGUUUCAAUCUGUCCAGACAAAGACAUGGUGAAAUUGCUGUGUAUUGAUUUUUUUUUUUAAAGUGUGAAGAUCUCCUUCACAAUUGUAUCAAGUAAACAUAUUUAUGGAAAAUACAGCAAAAGCUGUGGGGAUAAUAUACAGCUUUGGAUUGCUACUACCAGUCACUAAGGAUUCAUGGGUAUUUUCACUGCCUCCACUCCGCUAUUACUUAGUUCACGUGAAGAUAGAUGAGAAGUUGGACUCUAUUCUGUGCUUCUUGAACAAUCCACAUUCCUUCUAAGAUAGGAUGAUUUAACCAAAUGUUCUGAAAAUGCAAGUAAUGAAAGUCUGGCUCUGUGUGGGUAAGUAAAUGGUAGUACCUAUUAUUUUGUGUCUUGAAAUACUGAAGUUAGCUGUAUUAGAAGAAUUAUUAAGAAUAGGUAAUCUCAUCUUCAAAAGGAAGCCUCUGUGAGUUGAUGAGCUGUAAAUUUUCAGUCCAUUCAUUGUUUGGAUUUUGAAUAAUACAGGACCCCAGGACUUCAUGUAAGUAGCCUAUAAUUAUUUAAGUCUUAUUUCAUUAUGAGUAUGCAUACAAAAUAGUAUUUAAAGGACAGGACCUUGGAAAAAAAACAUUUUCAAAUCUUCAGACAAAGAAUACUGCAAAUAAGUUCAUUAUUAAUUUGUCCCUAAAAAUGUGAACUCUCUUAUAUCUAGGUUAUAUGAAAUUAAAAGAUUAAGUAAAACUCUAACAGAGGAUUGGCACCAUCAUGGAUAAUGUUCCUGCCAUUAAUCUCCUAAAAAAAACCCCACUCGAUACAAAUGUACACUCAGUGUGACAGAGGUCAGACACAACAGUACACAUAUUCAAAAUAACAUGAAACCACCAUUUCGCAGAAGUAAUUUCCCCUGAAUUGAUUUUAUUACACUACAGUGACAACUUCCUUCUAAAGCACUUUUUUUCCCUGAAAUAAAUAAUUGCUAACUACAAUUCACAGCUGCAUUUUGGCCUUCACAGGGCAAGACGCUCUUUCCACUAAAUAAUGUUAGUGCUUGAAAUGGGAGCAGAAACUGUCCUUAACUAUUCAAUUAUUAUUGUUAGACAGCUUUGAAUCAUCUCAGAGUGUUCUACUAUAAAGAAUACCAAGAGAAUGCAGCCUCCCAAAUGAGAAGGAUUAAAUAUCUUUAUCAAUUUAACCAUGAAAAUAUUUGAAUUAGCAAUGAAACUGUAUGUGAAAGAAACUGAUGCUUCUUUUAUAUUAAGACAUAAAUAAAUGUGCUAGAUUUGCAGCCUUAGGUCUUUUCCUCAUUGGAAUGCAACAGAAGAGAAAUUGGAAGAACUAUUUUUGUAAGUGAAAAAUGUAAAGUCAAACAUCAAAAUACUGAGUAUUUAAAUAGUAUGAUAAAAAUACAAAUACUCUGAUGCUGAUCAGUGACUGAGAAUGUUACUGUGUUUUCAGUGCAACAGAAGAUCCUCAUUGCUUAAUUUCAAUCUUGUUCUGCUUCAAUUCUUUUGUCUUUAUUCAUAACAUAUAUACAUUUUAGUGCAAAUUUGUUAUAUACUAAAAUUUUAUCACUGACUUAAAUUACAUUGUUUUUUGUCAGAACAGGUGUGGUAUUUUCUACACUUAGUAUAAAGCUUGUUACUGCCACUGUUUGUUUAUCUUAAAAUAAAGUAUGUUCAUAUAACUUAUUGGAUGGAUUGCAGCAGUAAUUAAAACCAAACAAAAAUUAAUAUUAAUAUUGCUUGUCAAAGAGUUCCUUUAAAUGAGAAGUUCCUAUUUCAACCAAAGUAAUUGAACUGAUAUACUAAGCCCUCAAAUUAAAACUUUCUUUAAAUAAACAUGCCCCUCUCAAACCACCAAACUUGAAUAGAGUGAUGUAUCUUAAUUUAUACUACAAGGAAAUCAGUGGUCUUGACAAAUCAAGAAAUCUUUGCCUUAAGAAACAGCUACCAAUAGGAUUCAGGAUAACGUAUGAUGUUGCCUUCCGCACUGCUUGUUCAGUACUGUUGCUUGGGUAAAAGUGGCUCUCUGGCUUGGGAGAUUGAAAACUAGAGAAGACUAACAUACUGGAUUCUUACUGCAUCCAAACUCUGCACUCUUUCAUCCAGCAAAGCUUGCAUUCACUGCAACUAAAGAUGUAAACAACUUAAGGACUAUGAAAUUUGGUCCUGUGGUAUUGGUAGCAACAGCUAUCAAUAGUGGUAUCAAACUAUCAAACUGUUUUUGUUAAAUGCAGCAAUCUGAAAUUUUAUUAUGGGAUUCACAGUCUGUAAGCAUAAAUUUGUAGACUUUUUUAAUUUACUAACAAAAUGAACACAGAACUAUAAUUAAAAUGACUCUCCUCAUGUUGUAAAUUGAAUGUAACAUGAAACUCAUAGCAUUAUGAAUAUAAAAGUUUCAAAAGUCUUCAUGUAAAUAUGAAAAGUGUUUUUUAUGUGAAUGCAGUUACUGAAAAAUGAGUAAAUUGGCUGAUGUCAUUAACUCUGGAUUAAAAGUUAAACAAGU